UGUAUAUGGACGGUGUUGUGUAUGAGUUGCUGUGAUCAUAGUAUAUUAAACACAAUGAGUCAUUACAAUGAAUAUGAUGAGCAUAGGGAAUUGUCAGUUAUAAUACGCGGAAAAGAAAAAGAGUGCAAUAAUGUAAACGCGAUACAACUUAGUAUGGAACAGGAUACCGGUACUCAUGAAAUGACUAAUGAUCAAGAAGUGGAUGAUGAAAUUGUGAUCAAAAAUCUGAAAUUAAUACAGUCUGCUGAGAAUAGUGAUACAGUGGUUACUGUCGACAAUAAAGAAGGUAAUGGUGAUGAUGAAUAUGACACACUGGAUGAAUUGUUUGAUAUUGCAAAAUUAUUAUCCGACUCAUUGGAUAAACAACAAUUAAUACCUGUAAAGAAAGUACAAAUACCGCUAGAUAUUUCUGAAAGACAACAGUCUCGUGAAUACUCUAAUAUGGAGUGUAAGGAUGAUGAUGGUAAUAAUGAGAAUCAACUCCUAAUGAAUACAACCGGUGAUAAUCUAAUAUCAAGUCGUAAUGUAGAGAUAAAACAAGUUGUCAUUGGUUAUCCUGAUCGAAUGUCCAUUGUGAUGGAAGAGAGUGACGUUGAUAACGAUGAAGACUUUACUUCGGAAGCUUCAGUUCGUCAAAACAUCAAUAACACUAAAGAUGACAACAACAAUGAUGCAUUAGUAUAUGAGUUGUCCCCUAACCAACAAAAUAUCUUUUAUGACGAUUCAGUACCAACCAACAUGACGAAAUUAGUCGAAAAUCCCAAUGAACCUAUGCGAAUACAAUCACAAUCACCUACUACUUCAGAUGUGACAACGAUAGAUGAGAAUGAUAUUGCUGGGGAAAUCGAAAUUCACCAACAACCGUUAGAAAACUGGGUAGAAGAUUCUUAUGCCACUGUUGUUCGUCACGUGCCUACAAGUACUUCUACCAACAUUUCUACCCCCAGAACCAUCACUGCUAUAACCCAUACAGUUGAAACAGAGGUUAGUGAUUUCAUCCAAGAUGAUCUGGAUAUAUACAACCCUCAUGAAGAAUACAACAGGAGACUUGCAAAUUCUAAAUUAAUCAAUGGUGAUGAUUAUGAUUAUGAUGAGGAUGAUAACGAUGAAGAUGACGAUGAUGAUGAUGAAGAUGUUGGAAUAGCAGAGGAUGCAGAAGACGAUGAUGAUGAAGAUGUUGAUCGGUUAUUAUAUGAGAUGAAUAUACGAACAGCGUCGGACAGAGGUUUCCAAAAACAACAACAACUACUUAUUCAGUUACAAGAGCAAAAACGACGGCAACAUGAAGAAGAACAAGAAUACUUACAGUCUGAUAAUUUGGUUAAAAGUCAUUUAUCUCAAAAUGGUUUAGAGGAGCGUACAAAAUGGCGUACUUGUCCAACUUUGAUAGAACCAGUUGCCAAAAAAAUCAUUGUCGUGAAUAUACCAAUGACGCUACCAUCAAGAGAAUCGAUGGAACAACCAAGAUGUCAUGCCUGCGGAGAAGUUGUUUAUCCUUUGGAAGCUUUACAUACAAUUGGUCGUGUUUAUCAUAAAACUUGUUUCAAAUGUCAUCACUGUCAACGUGUUCUAAGUUUGGGAAAAUAUAGUGUUUGGGAAGGCAAUCCAUAUUGUGAACCGCAUUAUCUUGUGUUAUUUAAAGCAUUUGGACACUAUGACAGCAAUGUACCUAAAACUUCAAAUACAACAUCCGAUUCAUCGUCUCACGUUAGACGAGGUGACUCACUUGUUACAGCAGAAGAACGUCCAUCAUCAAAUGUUACUCAGGUAUUAGUGGCUAAAUUCCAGGGUUUAGAAGCUGCAAAUAACAUGACCAGUUCAACACAAAAUCAGCUCUCGCGUAUUGUCCUCAAUAGUAAUUCCCAUUCAGUACCAGUUGGUGCAAACGGAGAUGUCUUCCCGUCUUCAGGAAGUGCUCGUCAGUUAGUAGAACGUUGGAAUAAAAUGCCCCAUGAAAAUAAGUUAGGGGGUCGAGCCUCUCCUGAACUAAAUGGAAAGUUUCAUGGUGCAAACUCGCAUAAAUUACCCAUUGUUGAACCUAAGCCAAUAAUGAGAAAAUUGAUAGAACAACCAAGGCCACUAGUUAAUGAAUUAAAGCAAAAUUUCAAUCAUAAACCUGAAGAUGAAGCAUAGUAAGUUGUAAUUUGUUAGAGAUGUUUUUAAAAAUGUAUCAUUUCAUGUAGAUAUUGGCGUAUGCUUUCUGGACACCAUUUUAUAGUGUCUUAAAAGACUACUGUUCACGAAAUGGAUAGUUUGAUGGAAAUAUUCUUUCUUAUAUUCUGUUUGUUAAGAUGUGUUCCCUGGCGCUAUCGUAAAUCCUUAUGGCUUGUGUAUAGAAUAUAUUUUCGCGUUUUGUCAAGAGUGGACUGUCAUUUGAUUCGUGGGCAUCAUUAAAUGUUAUUUCUCUUCAUGUUUGAUUUUUGAUAGGUGAACUGAUACAUUUCAUUGAAAUGUAUGAUCAUACUGAUUGGUCAGUUAUCAUUUUGUUCUUCUGAGUCGACUGAAAGUGGCAAAGCAUCUGCUUAUCAUAAAAGAGAUGGUAAGCAAAAUGAAUUUCCAGCUCCAGGGAUUACACGACAUCUGGUGGCUAAAUUUUCUUCUCUCUCAGCUGCAUCAUAAUUUCUUUAUUUCGAUUCCAAAUUUCGAAGAGAUUGAAAAUGAAAAAUGAUAAAGAGUGGACAGAAAACAAAAUAUACACUCUAAUGAAUAGUUUUCACAGUCUGUAAGCUUGAAAUGUGUUGCUAGUGUGUUACUGUUAUGCUUUUUCUGUUAAUUCAAAUUCUCAGAAUAAUCAUAAUCGUUGUUGCUUAUUGCUUACUAUUUUAUUUGUUGAUUCUAAGCCAUUUAAUCUUUUUUUUUGAAGGAUUCACCUUAUAAUUCUCUUUUUUAUGCGUUUACCGUUCAAAUUCGUUUAUUUACUUCUAAAUUACUAUUAGUCUAUUAUUGUAGUGAGUUCAGAUUCUUGCCUAUACUAACUGCUCUGUCUCAUUGUCCAUGUCAUUCAUAUGCACUACUAUAAAAAAAGAAGAUAUAUGUACCAUUGAUUCUUGUUAUCCAUAUUCCUUGAUAUUGUUGAAUUGUGAACUAUUCAUAGUUUACAGUAUCUUCAUACUCGUUGACAUGUUCAUCGUAUCAUUUUCUGUAUUCUCGCAACAUUUUGUUUUACUAUACAACUAAACAUUGAAUUUUGUUUCAUUCUCUUCUUUUGUGCUUAUUUAUCCAUUCAUUUGUACUCAUUUUUAUUUCUUAGGCUAACAGAAAUAAAAUGAAUUGUGAUUUCG